GAAGAUGAAGAACCUUCUCCCUCUCCCCAUCGCCGAUGAUGACCCCUCCGUCGCCGCCGACACACGCUUUGUUCUCGACACCUCCACGGGCGACGCCCCCGCAUCCAAUAUCCCCUACGGCCUCAAUCUACGAUCCAACGGCGCCAUGUCCGACGAUUCUAGAUCCCAGGAGUGGGACGGCGACAGCCGUCGCCCCUCGGUGGAGGAGUCGAUCCUUAGGAGAUACAAGGAAGAUAUGAAGAACCUCCCAGAAGAUCGCGGCUUUGACGAAUUUAACGACAUCCCGAUCGAGGGUUUUGGUGCUGCGCUCCUUGCGGGGUAUGGGUGGUCGGAGGGCAAGGGGAUCGGUCGGAAUAACAAGGGGGAUACCAAGGUCGUCCAAUAUGAGCGGAGGGCUGGGACCGAAGGAUUGGGGUACGUCCCUUCCUCGACUGAUCCCAGGAAGCGGAAGGGCCAAUGGGUUGCCCGGGAGGAGAAGAAGGAGAAGGAGAAGAAAGAGAAGGAAAAAGAGAAGGAGAAGAUUCUUAGAGUUAUAUCAGGAAGGCAUGCUGGAAUGAAAGGCAAGAUUUUGAAGGGCUCAGAGGCCUCCAAGGUCAUUUUGAAGCUGCUCGAGACUAGAGAGGAGGUUAAGCUUGAAGGUGAUAUGGUUGUGGAGUUAGGCUCAGCAAAGGAAGAGAAAUUCUUAAGGAGAUUGAAUGAGUUAAGGAUUGUGGAGAAGAAUGACAAGAGGGAGGAUAGGAGAAACGGUGACAAGAGGAGGGAGGAGAGGAGUAGGGAUAAGGAAGUGAAAAAAGGUGAUGACUUGCACCAGAGGUCGGGCAGUGGCAGUGGGGAAAGGGGGAGAACAGUUCGAUGGCUCAAAAGUCACAUCAGAGUUCGGAUAAUCAGUGAGGAUUUCAUGGGAGGAAAGCUUUUUCUGCAGAAGGGGGAGGUGGUGGAUGUUGUUGGCCCCAACACAUGCGAUCUUGCAUUGGAUGGGAGCAAGGAACUGUUACAGGGAGUGGACCAGGAGAUCCUCGAGACUGCACUGCCCAGAAGAGGGGGACCGGUUCUUAUGCUCUGUGGGAAGCAUGAGGGUGUCUUUGGAAGCCUGGUAGAGAGGAACAAGGAAGAUGAGACAGCUGUCAUUAGGGAUGCUGACACUCAUUGUUUGAUCACCGUAAGACUGGAACAAAUCACUGAGUACACUGGGGAUCCAAGCAAUCUUGGAUAUUGA